AUGACUGUUGGAAUAGUUAAAUAAAUAUUCCUAUUAUGUAAAAAAUGGGUAAUUGGUGGUGUAUUUAUUUUAUAGUUUAUAUUUUUUUACUUUAAUACUUUUUUUUAAUUUCUUUCUUAGUGUAUUCGUCACAUACUACAGCAAUAGAAGCUACCGAGUUAAUUUUGUAAUUUUUUUUUUUUAUUAAAUUAUUAUAAAUAAUUUUUUUAGAUUUAUAAAAAUUCAUUAGAUGAAAAAAAUAAUCUAAAAUUAAUAGAAUAAAAUCAAAAAUACAUAAAAUUAAAAAAUUUAAUUAAAUAAUUAAAAUUUAAUAUACCCAUUUAUCCACUUAGUUUUAUCUAAAAAAUAAUGAUUUCUUAUAAAUAUUAUUAUAUAAUUACUAAAAUUAUAUUAGAUAUAAUAUAAGUUAGUUUUGGAUUUUAUAAUACUUAUAUGUAUAUAAUUAAUUUAAUAUUUGAGUUAUUUUUUGGAGUAUUAAUGAUUUGUGAAUUUUACAUAAAUGUAUAAAAAUAAAUAAUACUUUUAAAAAUAUCUAAAAAUCAUAUAAAUUAAAAUUAGUAUAAAAAACAUAAGAUGAAGUAAAAUAAAUUCAGAAUAAUGAUAAAAGAUUUAAAAUUAGUAAUUCCUUUUAUAUGUGGUGUAUGUGGAUUUCUAAUAGAUUUAAUUUUUUAUAUUUUAAAUGAAUAUUCUUUAGAUAAAGGAUCUAGUAUUCGACUUUUAAUUUUAUUAACAACAUCAGAAUGUAAAUUUGCUUUCAAAAAAUUUCUAAUAGUUUUAAAUAAAAUAUACGAUAUAGGAUUUAUAAACUUAUCUUUAAUGUACAUUUUAAGUAUAAUAGCUUUUUACACAUUAAAUGAUAUAUAAAAUCAAUUUUAAUUUUUUUUUGUUGAUAUUACCUAUUCUUUCUUAUUUGUAGUAUAAACAAUUACUUUUGAUGCUUGGGGAGAUAUAGCUAGGGCAGCUUUAUUAAAAGUAAAAUUUUUUAUACAUUCAAAUAUCAAUUUUAUAUUUAUAUAAGAAUGCUGGAUUUUCUAUAUAUUUCGGAUUUAUAAUUAUUUUUGUAGGAUUUUUUUUAUAAAAUUUAUUAGUUGGUAUUAUUGCGACUACAGUAUAGCCUGCUACUGAAUAAGCAUUUAAAUAAUAAAGAAUUUUAAAUAAAUUAGUUCCAAAAACUUAUAUAAAUAUACUAAGUGAGUAAUUAAAUGAUAUAUCAAUAGUUAAAGAAAGACAUUCGAUUUAAAUUGAUAAUUAAAAUGAUAUUAUUAAUGAUAAUUUAUAGUUGAAAUCUAAUUAAAAUUCAUUAAAAGAAAUGCUAUAAGAAUUCAAUAAUAGUUAAGAAAAUUUAAUAAUUAUUAUAAACGGGA